AUGAAGGCCACCUUCCUCGCGGAGCAGGCGAUGCAACGGGCGCAUGGGCAGCUGGAGGCCGCAGCGGCGAUGCUGGGCCCCCCACGCAAGGUGACCUUGAAAGAGUUUCUACUGGACCCGACCUUCGAGCCUCCCCUGGUGGAGUACACGGUGGAGGAGAGUGGCGGCGUCCACCGCGCAAGCGUGGCUUUCGCCGGAGUCUCGCACGCAGGUGCACCCUCAGCCUCCCAAGAGGAGGCAAGGCUGAGCGCCGCUCUGGUGGCUUUGCGCUCGCUUCGAGCAAAGCAUCGCAGCGAUGA